UUUGACAAUAUGCAACAACAACAUUCCAAUUCCAAAUUCGAAUUUCAAUUCAAAAAAUUAAAUUAGUUCACAAAACAAACUGAUCUAUUAUUAAAAAUGAAUAUUAUUAAAGGCAAAGGGCCUAUUUUCGAUCCAGGUGUUUGCAGAUGUUGCGGAGCUGUUAAGAAAUGUCGACUUUUAAAUAUUGAAUAUGUAGGGUUGGGCCGAAAGGAGGUUUACGCAGAUAUGUUUGUGGAUUGUUUUGGCUUAGUGCUGUCACACUUGGACGGUGAACCGGAUGACCGACUUAUCUGUGCUACGUGUGUAACACGCUUAAGAGAAGCGAGCUGUUUCCGGCAGCAAGUGCUGGAGUGUGAAGAGAAGCUCUUGAGAUCGAAGAUCGUCGUACAUGAAGAUAACAAAAGUAAUGAAGUAAUGACGGACGAUCGAAACCUUGCACAAGAUGACUUUAAGCAAACGAACGAACAGAUUGACGUAUCAGACCACAAUGACAAUGACACAGAACCCUUACAGACGUCCUCAUUUGAGAAAACCGAAUCGCCUUCAGAAAGUGAAUUAGAAUGUACAGAGAAGCGAAAACUGAAGAGAACUUUAAGAAGCAAUUAUAAAGAUACCUUAAUUAAAAGGAAUCGAACGAACACAAGACGUAUCACAGCACAGAAUAAACUCGAUAGUACAACCCUUCCUGAUAAGGAACCGAUUAUGAAAGAAAGUCUUCGAAAGGACAAAUCAAUACUAAAUAUAAUAACGAUAAUUGAAAAUUCCUAUGCAUACCCCUUUAACACAUUCUUCAACAACUUCUAUUGUUCCUACUGUAGGCAAAAGUUCUUGGACUGUAGGAAACUUCGAGAACAUUCCUUAACGCACGAUCCCGCUACGUACAUGGAAAUUCUCGUCAAUAACACACGUCUCGAAAACAAAAUAUGCCAAAUCGAUUUUUACAGAAUCGAUUGUCGACUCUGUAACGAGAGCAUUGAUAAUAUCGAUACAUUGAAAUAUCAUAUUAAAAAUGUUCACGGCAAAACUUGGUACCCCGUCAAAGAAGAUUUUUUAAAAUUUCGACUCACACCAACUAAUUUGAAAUGCACAGAGUGUGACAGGACGUUCGGGUUUUUUCACACUUUGAAGAAACACAUGGCGGAACAUUUCGGCGAUUGUAUAUGUGAUGUGUGUGGGGUUCAUUACUUCGAGGAACGCAUGCUUAGAGCACACAUGAAAAGCCACCAGCGAUCCAACGCGAACUAUUCUUGCAAGCAAUGCGGAAAAUCUUUUAAAUCCAAGUACAAUAUGUGUAUUCACAUCGCUCGCUUACACACGAAGGAGGCUCGAUAUUUAUGCACUAAAUGCGAUGAAACUUUUUUCUCCGAUACUCUUCGACAAAAACACAUGAUAGAAGUUCACGGCGAGGAGUCCAUUUUUAAAUGUGAUCACUGCGAUAAAGUUUAUGUCAGCAAGAAGACGCUGCGAGAUCAUAAUAGAAGAAUACAUUUAAAAUUACUGAAACAUCAGUGCAAUUUGUGUGAAAAGAGGUUUUAUUUGCCAUGUAGAUUAAAGGAACACAUGUCAAGUCAUACGGGGGAGAGGAAUUUUAGAUGUGAACACUGUGGGAAAAGUUAUCCGAGGUUAAGGGCUUUGAAGGUGCACAUGCAGUCGCAUACCAGUGAAAAAAAAUAUAAAUGCACCAUGUGUAGCGCGUCCUAUAGUCAAAAUGUUUGUCUGAAGAAUCAUAUAAAAAGACAACAUCAGCAUUUAGAGUCAGAAGAGAGUUUUCAAGAAUAAUUAUUUAAUAAUAAAAACUAAAUGCACAUCCAUAGUUAUAAAUUAUAAUUGUUAUUUAUUUUUUAGA